AUGACUGCAGUUGGCGACGAGGAUGUCACCAUGUUCAUUAACUUCAUCAUUCACGGUUCCCGCUUGGCGUGGCUGGGAGAGAUGGUCAUGCCAUCGAGGCGCCAUCAGAUCUUAGGCACGACGGAGGGCAAUAGAGCGUUCGCUCACGCUAGCGAAGGCGGAGGCGGAGGCGGAGGCAAUACGAGCGAGAGCGGAACUGAGUUUCUCCGGCAGUCACGAAACGGACCGCACCCGCUGACCGAUGAUCGAUCACCAUCACCAACUUCCUUCUGCUUCCUCAUCUGCUUCCUAUCAUCUCAGCAUCACUUCAUCACUUCCACAUGCUAUCGCCACCGAAGCACAUUCAUUGAUACUAUGACCUCUCUCCUGGGCCUUGAUGGCAUUGUUCACGUCCUUGACGACAAUGGCCUUACCCAAUUUCACCUCAUUGUUGUCAUUGUCCCAUCAGCGAAAUUGUUCCUGCAUGAGCAACAAAAGAGCAAGAUGAGUAUGAAGCGAACGGACCUUCCGAUCUGUUCGGUACAGCCAGCACUUUCGUUCAGCGUUUCCAUACAUAUACCAUUUCCGUCAGCACAUUUCUCUAGCUUGCGAGUUGAGCUGGUCUCAGCCACUAGACUCUUGAGGUCCGCCAGAACGCAGACCGAGUCUGACUUCUAUGCACAGCGAGAGGCUGAGCUGAAAGCAGCAGCAAUCCAGAAAAGCAGGACGAAAAAGGCAACCAAGGCCGCGCAAGCAGCAAGAAUUGCAGAAGCUGCCAAGUCAGAGACCGCUACACAAUCCACAUCUAAACCAGUUACCGCCGGCCAGAAAUGCCCGGUGUGUGGACGCAGUGACUCACCGGACGGCGAUGCUUCAGCCAAUUCACCGACUUCUCAACCACCGAAAUCGCAAUCAGCAGCAUCCAAGUCAUCUUGGCGGAAGCGAGAUGGAAGAGACCAUCGCAUCCACCGAGAUGUGAUUCCACGCGGCGUCCUUGCCGGACGCAUUGGGAAAAGAUUUCCAAGGACUAGUUCAAACACUACCAAAGGCCUGUCUAACAUCAAAGGCGUUUCUUGCUACCGAAAUGCGCUGUUACAGUGUCUGAUACACACUCCUGAUGUCUAUCACCUGCUUGGAAAUAUCCAUAAGGACUGCAAUCGACCAGCUCGUCAAUGUACCAUGUGCGUUCUGCAGAAAGUCGUACAGGAGUACUGGAAUCCACAUGACGAUGCUGAGCAUUCUGAAUCUCAAGAGCUCCUCAAACUCAUGCGGGAGUUCAGGAAAGCUCUUCAGACAGACAUCUCCCAGAGCACCUCAGACCCUGCACCCGGCGACCUCAUCGAAGAAGAGGUACUAAAUGACCAGCAGUGUUCGUCUUAUGACUUCUGGAAAGGGUUGCUGGAGAUUCUCAAAGAUCAGGUGGCCAAUGAUAGUGCCGCAAGCGCACUGCUAUCAAGAGCCUUCGAUUUCAAGUAUCACGGAACGUGGACAUGCACAGUCUGCGAUAAGGAGCAUCAAGACGACCAAGAGCAAACAGAGCCCGGCUUGGAUGUCAACCCUUUCAGUCUCCUGCCAGAAAGAGGUUUAAACUUGAUCGAUUACAUCGACCAGGCCACUCUCUCAACUAAAGCUGCAUUCCGGUGCGAGAGCGAGACUUGCACAACUGCUCGAGAGGCUUCGCCUCAGCAGGAGCCACUGGAACACACGAAGCGCUUUCGUAUCACUAAAGCCCCAGAAGUCCUAGUAAUACGUACCCAACGUCUGGGAUACCCAAUCGAUGAGGUCACCAACUUGCCAGUGUAUCGCGAUGGAGAAACGGAGAAGUUUGAGGACGAAAUUCCGUACGAAGAAUACUUGGAUCUCAGCGAUUUCUCGGAUGACCUGGAAUUCAGCCGCCUCACGUACAAGCUUAUGGGCGUUGUUUACCACACUGGUACAGGAGAGAGCGGCCAUUACAUUGCUGUGGCCAGAAGCAGGACUGAUGAGGGGAAGUUCGCCCUAUGCGACGACAAUAACAUCUAUGUGCCUCAGGAUAUCGAUGGAUUUCUGAACGGGGUGACACUUGGCGUCGAUGACGGCGAUGACAGCGAUGACAGCGAUGACGGCGAUGAUGGCCAGAGUCUAAUGCCAGCGGCAGGAUCCGCAUAUACAGGCUUAAGAAGCGGCCGCAGUCGCAUUUUCCUUCACUAUUGUUUCUCACUCCGAUUCUUGUUCACACCUCGCUCACCCAAUCCAGUUCAUCACUACAUGCAUAUCAACAAAGAGAUAAACCUGAACAAAUUGUUCCCUCAAGAAUGGAAAUUCAACUUGAAGAUGAUAUCUUUGUUGAAGACCAAGCAAUUUCGCAUCCCAUUUCACCAUAUUGCUCAUUCCUUUGAGUUCUCAUAUGGCCCUUUUCUCAGCACGGGAUUCAUUCAAGACAAGCCAUUUUCUGAUCCCAGCAGUCCCUCAGAUUCUUCAUCGAUCUUCAUUGCAUCCCAUCCAGGUCUCAUCAUCGCGCCAAAAAAAAGAAAAAAAUCAAAUCCUUCGAACUGCAAUACAAAUCCACCACCAUGGCUGCCACAAGACGGAUCAGCUGCGCUCUUCCCAACCCCCCCCAGUCCCCAGAGAAGAACCCCCAAGCCCAAAGCCGAAAGAAGCCCCCAACUCCACAAGCGAAAUGGCAAAAUCGUGCGAACGAACCGACAAGCAAUCCCAACUCAUCCACACACAAAUCUCCCCAAAAGAAGAUUCCCUCCCGUCGGCUCCCCGACAUCCAAAGGUCUCCUCAACACCUCAAACGAUUGCUACAAACUCGCAUCCCUCCAAGCAAUCUUCCACGUCCCAGCCUUCUACCGUUACCUAGGCAAAAUCCACAAAACCUGCGCCUCGAAACCGAACAAAUGCGUGCUGUGCGCCCUUCAAGACUUGCUGUACCAAUACUGGGAAAAAGACGACGACAAAGAGCGAAAAGCGAAACUCAGAACUUUCUACGCGGCUUGUAGAGCGAAUUUACCGGUUCUGACCGCAGAUCUCGGUGGGGAUUUCUUGAGGAAUCAGCAAGCCGAUGCCUAUGACUUUCUGCAUUACCUUGUGACGGAACAGAUAGGCUCCAAGAGCAGCUCGGAAAGCUUCAGGAAGAUGUUCGAGAUGGGAUUCGAAUCGACGCGGGUGUGCCGGACGUGUGGAAGCGUAUCGACGGCACCACUCGCGCAGGCAUCGUUCAUGCUCGAAAUUCCAGUCAACACAUCGCCCGACGGUUGGAGAUCGUUGAACGGCUGUCUGCAAGACUUUCUCGGCAACGGGGUGCAGACUUAUACGUGCGAAGAAUGCGAUGGUCCAGAUAGGAACGUGACGACUCUCCUCACCCACGCAUCGGAAAUCCUUGUGCUUAGACUGGCCAUUUCGACAUUUGAUGGUGUGACAGGGAAUAACACGAAGAUCCUGGCCGAGGAAACUGAGGUCUACUACCCAGAGAUCCUCAAUCUCAACCAGUUUGUCGAUCAUUAUCAGGUGACAGAAGACUGCGUGUAUCGUCUGGACGGAGUCGUUGCGCAUUCUGGCAAGAGGACCGAUAGAGGACAUUAUGUUGCUAUGGUCCGUGAGUAUAACAACUUGCGAGACUUCUGCCUCGUUAACGACACCCUUGUCACCACAGACCUGGCUUGGGCCAACAUGCGGCGCCCGAGACUUGAUUGCGGCUUUUACAUAGCAUGUUUCAAAACUCACCUUCGCCCAAACAGAUCCUUCCGGCUCGCUUUUCUUUCCAUGUGGGUAGUGCAUUGAUCCGAUACAUCUACCGAGGACUCCUCAUGAUCACUGCGAAAAUUGCUUGACUCUAGCUAGAGCAUGUUUCCCAGGUGCGGCUUGUCGUUCAAGGCCGGUGCUAAUUCCGGGACAAAGAGUGCACUCCCGCCCCAAAAUUGAUCAAUCUUCAGACAAAGCCAGAGAAUGUCUUUGAUGAAUGUCCGGAUACGACAGGUUGCACACUGAAGACUGAUUCAUUGUCGUAGUCUGGGCUCUGCAAUCUGUGCACAAUGCCAACAAAAGACCCGAUCCGUCAGUCGUGAGGAGUAAGAAUUUCCAUUUCCCCUGGCGUUACUGAAGAUUCUUGGUACCAUAAGCACAAUUUGAAUAUUCGAGAUGUUUGCUAAGUUCGCAGCAUUCCUUCGAGGUCUUCGCGAUGGCACUCUAGAGCCGGUCUCCAGCUUCCUAACCCAUCGAGAAGAAAAUUUGCUGGCGUUCCUGAAACAGAGAGCUCAAAAGCGGCAAGGAAGAAAGCCGUUGGCGAUCAUUCCGAGGACCGGUAUUCACGCGCCCAAAAAAGUCUUCAAAAGCAGAGGAGACAGUCCGAUCAAGCCUGUGCGCAAGACCAAGCCCGAGCGCAAGUCGGGCGCAUCUGGAG